AUGUCUCGAAGCAUUGCCCAGACCCCGUACGAGGAGCGGCAAUCGGCUCACCCCUUGAGCGCGUACCUGUACCGUCUCAUGGUCGUCAAGGAGAGCAACCUCUGUCUCUCCGCCGAUGUCUCAAGCGCGCGCACCCUGCUGCGCCUAGCGAACUCGAUCGGCCCGUCGAUCGUGGUCCUCAAGACGCACUACGACAUUGUCAGCGAUUGGGACUCGGACGUCGAGACCGGCACCGGCGCACAACUGGCGGCGCUGGCCGCCAAGCACGGCUUCCUCAUCUUCGAGGACAGGAAGUUCAGCGACAUCGGAUCGACGGUGCAGAAGCAGUAUACCGACGGGCCCGGGAAGGCGGUCGAGUGGGCGCACAUCACGAAUGCGCAUAUCCUGCCCGGCGCAGCGAUUGUGUCUGCGCUGGCCGAUGCGGCGAGCGCCUGGCGCGAGAAGAAGAAGUACGAGGUCAAAACGGAUAUUACGGUUGGCACGCCCAGGCCAGAGAGCCUGUCCGAGGACGAUGAGGGCAAGGAUGACGAGGACAUCAAGAAUUUGAAGGCGCUUCAGGCACGUCGCAAGGCGAGCAUUGUCUCAAUCACUACCGUGUCGCAGUCUUACGAACCUGCCAACUCGCCACGUGCGCCUAUUCCAGAGUGCGAAGAGGACGUUAUCUUUUUUAAGAUCGAGGAGGCGCCGCUCGAUCGCGGUCUGCUUCUCCUGGCCCAGAUGUCCAGCGCUGGGAACCUGCUCGACGAGGCAUAUGCAAAGGCUUGUGUAGAGAUCGCAAGGAAUAACAAGGACUUUGUGAUGGGCUUUAUUGCACAGGAGACGCAAAACACAGCUGCAGACGACCAGUUCAUCACCAUGACUCCUGGCUGUCAAUUGCCCUCGGGCGAGGAGCAGCGUGCCAACAGUGACGGUCUUGGGCAGCAGUAUAACACCCCGCAAAAGCUGAUCGGAGAGAAGAGCGUGGAUAUCAUUAUUGUCGGCAGGGGCAUUAUUGGGGCGGCGGAUCCGGUUACGGAGGCGGAGCGAUACAGGAGGAAGGGGUGGGAGGCUUAUACGGCUAGGAUUGGUGCCUGA